CCCAGAACCAUCAAGCCCACCACAAUGAUAAUACGGAAUGUAGUCUCACGGCAUGGCCGCCGCGCCCUCACCACCUCUCUUCGCACCCUCACCACCACCACCGCACCACCCCCUCAAACCAACCUCACCCCCGACUCCGUGAACCCAACCGCCGGCGCAGACUUCAAGGCCAUGAACCACAUCAAGCGCGCUACCGGCUCCCUCGGCUCAGACAUCGCACCCUUCUACCAGCCCCACCGCGCCAUCACCGCCCCCCUCGGCCCUAACGACAUCACCCUCCCCCUACUCCUCGCAUCGCAGUCCCACAUGGGCCACGCGACCGCGCUGUGGCAUCCAGGGAACCAGAUGUACAUCCACGGUAUCCGCGCGGGGAUCCACAUCAUCUCCCUCGAAGCCACGGCGGUCCACCUCCGCCGCGCAGCAAAGGUAGUAGAAGGCGUAGCCUACCACGGCGGCACGAUCCUGUUCGUCGGCACGCGCAAGGGCCAGCAGCGCGCUGUUGUCGGCGCGGCUAAGCUCGCGGGCGGAUGCCAUGUCUUCGAUCGCUGGAUUCCGGGGAGCUUGACGAAUGGGGAUCAGAUCCUGGGGAGGGCGGGGAUUAAGGUCGUCGAUGAGAGGGAUCAGGUUAUUGAUAAUGCGACGGUUCGGAAGCAGUUGGAGGAUCAUAGGGCGGUGAAGCCGGAUCUGGUGGUGGUGCUGAAUCCGUUGGAGAAUUAUAUCUGUUUGCAUGAGUGUGGGCUCGCGGGGGUGCCGACUAUUGGGAUCGUUGAUACGGAUGUUAACCCGACUUGGGUUACGUAUCCUAUCCCGGCGAAUGAUGACUCACUCCGCUGCACGCACCUCAUCGCCGGUGUCCUCGGACGCGCCGGCCAGAUGGGACAGAAGAAGCGCGCUGAGGACGCGAAGAACGGGAAGGUGCCCUGGGAGACUGCGGAGUACCUGUCGGACUGGAUGGCGGAGGAGGCGGAGGCUCAGGCUGAGGCGAAGAAGGGUCCUGUUGAGAAGCAAGAGUAGGGG